AUGGCCAUAGCCACGUCGGCCCAGCUGGCCCGGGCACUCUACGACAACACUGCUGAGUCCCCCCAGGAGCUGUCCUUCCGUCGAGGGGACGUUCUACGGGUACUGCAGCGGGAGGGUGCAGGAGGGCUGGACGGCUGGUGCCUCUGUUCCCUGCAUGGCCAGCAGGGCAUCGUGCCUGCCAACAGAGUGAAGCUCCUUCCCGCCGGCCCAGCACCCAAGCCCAGCACCUCCCAGGGGCCCCCAACAGAGCAUGGCAGUAAGGACCAGGAGGUGUAUGUGGUGCCACCUCCAGCUCGGCCCUGUCCCACCUCGGGACCUCUGUCUGGACCCUGCCCACGCUCCCCUGAUGCCAUCUAUAAGAUCCCCAGAGGCAGUGGGACCCAGCUUGCUGCUUCUGGAGAUACUUUAGAGGUCUACGACGUGCCACCCACUGCACUCCGGCUUCCCUCCAGUGACCCCUACGACUCCCCUGCCUCCUUUUCACGUCCUCUGGCCCAGGUGGCCGCACAGCCUCCUGGAGAGGAUGAAGCUCCCUAUGAUGUGCCUCUGGCCCCAAAGUCACCAACAGAGCUGGAACUGGAUUUAGGGUGGGAGGGGGGCCGGGAACCAGGGCCCCCCCUCUAUGCUGCCCCCUCCAACCUAAAACGAGCAUCAGCUCUGCUCAAUCUGUAUGAAGCCCCCGAGGAACUGCUGGCAGAAGGGGAAGGUGGGGAUACUGAAGAGGGCAUCUAUGACGUGCCCCUGCUGGGGCCAGAGGCACCUCCAUCCCCAGAACCCCCAGGAGCCUCAGCUUCCAGUGACGUGGACACUCUGGCCCUGGCUUUGGCCAGAAGCCCCCCGACUUCACAAAGACCCCGGCUACCGUCAGCUGAGAGCCUAUCCCGACGCCCUCUGCCUGCCCUACCUGUCCCAGAGACCCCCAGCCCUUCUCCAGCUCCCUCUCCUGCCCCAGGCCGAAAGGGCAGUAUCCAGGACAGGCCUCUUCCCCCACCCCCACCCCGUCUGUCUGGCUAUGGGGGUCCCAAGGCUGAAGAGGAUUCAGAGGGCAGACAGGUGGAGAAUGAUCCUGAGGGACAGCAUAAUGAGUACGAGGGCAUCCCGAUGGCUGAGGAGUAUGACUACGUCCACCUGAAGGGCAUGGAGAAAGCUCAGGGAUCUAAGCCUCUGGAUAAGGCCUUCCCAGAGGAUCCCGAAUUGCCAGAGAGGGAGCAGCCAGAGCAACAGGAUACACAGUCCCCAGGGGAAUCAUUGGUUCUGCCCGCUGGAGACCUACAGCUCCUGCACUUCUAUGCUGGACAGUGCCAGAGCCACUACUCAGCGUUGCAGGCAGCAGUGGCAGCCCUGAUGGCCAGCACCCAAGCCAAUCAUCCCCCUCGCCUCUUCGUGCCCCAUGGCAAGCGUGUAGUGGUAGCAGCUCACCGCCUAGUGUUUGUUGGUGAUACCCUAGACCGGCUGGCAGCCUCAGCCCCACUGCGAGCACAGGUCGGGGUAGCAGGCGCAGCACUGGGCCAGGCUUUGCGUGCCACUGUGCUGGCUGUCAAGGGAGCUGCAUUGGGCUACCCUUCCAGCCCUGCAGCCCGAGAGAUGGCACAGUGUGUGGCAGAGCUGGUGGGGCGGGCCCUCCAAUUCACCACCCUUCUCACCAGCCUAGCCCGCUGA